AUGGCGAGCUCUGCCGAACAAACACCCGCGGCCCCAGCCUCCGCCCCUGUCGUUCGCAAGUUCAAGGCCUCGGACCUGCCUCUGACCACAGCGACGCGCUCCGCCAUCGAGGGGCUGGCUCAUAGCUUCAAGAAACAAGGAGGCUACGAUGCCAUCAGGAAGCAGGUUUGGGACAAGUUCGAAGCUAGUGACUACGAGAAUCAAGUGACCAAGUCUAUCCUCGAAGUCGCCGAGAAGGAGCUGGAGCGCAACCCUGCGCAGCUCUUGACGCUGGACCGCAGAAAGGCCGCUGCUCUCAUCGACGGUGCCCUAGAUCGCUCCGGCGUCUACCAAACGGCCGAGGAGGUCAUUGACCAGCUCAUCGACGUGCAAGCCAUUGAGGAUCGCAUACGCGAGCUACGAAAGACCGAUAUUGGCGAGGAGGCAGCAUUGGAAGAGCACACAAGGGGUUCCAAGACCGACCUGGACUAUGCUGUUGAGACUGCAGCCCGCCUGCAAGAGCGCGAACGCAUACGGCGUGUCCUACGGGAGAAAGAGGAGCAGAUAGAAGAGGAGAAGCGCAAGAUCGAACUUGAGGAGAGGAGACAGCGCGAGCGUGAGGCUGAGAAGGCCGAGGCUCUGCGCCAGGAAGAGAGGGACGCUCGUCGUCGUGAAAGAGAAGCAAAAGAAGCAGAGCGCGAGAAGCUACGGCAAAAGGAGCGAGACGAGCGCCGUGCUGCGCGAGAGAAGGAGCGCGAGGAACGAGAAAAGGAACGCGAGGCUCGAAGGCGGUCCAGAGAUAGGAGACUUCAAGACCGCCCGAGAUCCAGGUCUCGCGACAGGGAUAGAGAUCGAGAUCGAGACAGAGACAGGUCUCGCCGCCGUGACAGAGACCGUGAUCGUAGUCGCAGUCGCCGGCGCGAUAGUCGGGACAGGCGCAGGCGGGAACGCACGCCCAGGGAGGAGAGAGAGCGCCACAAACCCGAAGAUGUCAAGAAGAAACUGUCGAAGGAGGAACUGGAACGGCUGGAGCAGGACGCCUUGGCGGAUUUACUGCGUGAGAGCAAACGAAACGCGGAGAAACAGCCAGAGAUCGAAAUCGACGAAGCACUUGCACCACCUCCCAAGAAGACCAAGCCAGCAUCUGCCAUCCAGCCAAUCCGCCGGGACUCACCGAAGACUGUCGUUGAUGGAAAAAAGGUGCCAACGCUUGCCAAGAUAGACUCCAAGGAUUCGGCUCGAGAUGCCAAGGAGACGAGAGAACCCAAAGACGCAGGAGAAUCCAAGGAUGUCAGACAGGCUACGAAGGAGACGGCACAGUCCGCAGAAUCAAAAGAUUCCAAGCUGCCCCGAGACGAUCGAGAUCUCAGGGAUAGAGACCAGAGAGCUGCCCGGGAAGUCAGGUCGCGAGAUGAACGAAGAGGCAGUGUGGCAGUGUCCACUCGCGGUGGACCGACGACCGAGGAGUGGAUCCAGAACUCGCAGAGAGCGCAGCCGCUCUCCACCUCGGCGGUUCCCCUACGAAAACAACUAUCGUCCAGGCGAAAUACAAGCCAGAGCGCAGGGAUCGGAGCAGAUCACGGGGCCGAGAUGACCGUGCCAGGCGAGAGCCAGACCGGCGCGAGCGAUCCCGUUCUCCUCGUCCUCGUGCAGACAGGAGAGACAGGAGUCGCUCUCGUCUGCGUCUGGACCGUCGCGAGCGCAGUCGAUCUACGCGACGCGCACGGAGCAGGGACAAGGUCACGCUCUCGCCCUGCCACGGCGACGAAACAUGAGUCCCAGCCCGACGUCGAGGCCUGGAAGCAGGGUGAGAUCAAGAAACGCGAGCAAGAAGCCAAGGCCUAUUUAGCCGCUCAGCGUGAAGCCCGCCAGAAGGGCCUGCCCGUCCCUGGGUUUGACGACCGCCGCAGCUCAGGUGACCGCUCUCCUGAGGCAAAGCGCAAUGGGCCCCGUGUAGGGGAUGACAUUGACCGUUAUCGACCCAACGAGGAGAGGGACAGGCCUCGAGAUCGCGACAAGGAGCCGGAGCGCGAACGGGAGCGGGCUCGCGAAAGCCGGGUCCGCGAACGAGAUCCAAGGGAUGAUCGUCGGGAUCGGGACAAAGACCGCGACAGGGAUGACCGCCGCGAACGACGCCGUAGCAGGACCCGAAGCCGCAGUCGUCGUCGCAACGAGCGCGAGAGGAGCAGGAGCCGUGACCGGGAGAGGGACCGUGACAGGGAUAGGAGGAGCCGGCGUGAGCGUAGUAUCGACUCGAGACGCGACAGGCGGGACCGAAGCCGAAGACGCAGCAGGAGCCCGCGUUAA